AUGCUGGAAGCGCCGCUGGUCACUUUUGACAGCUCCCCUCAUCUUCUCAAUCUGGUCGGCGCCAAGAUUAUAGCCGACCCAGCCGAUUUCAAGGGCAUCCAUCAUGCAGGCCGAGCGUUAGCCGAGGAUUUCGGUCGAGUAACGCGCGGCCUCGCAAGUCCCUUUGAGUUGGUGCAACGGGGGAUCCUGGACGUACCAGCCGCUAUUAUUGUCGGAUGCAUCGAAUCAUGUUGGAUGCUUCAAGAGUUGCAGAGGCUGGGCAAGAUUGACACCCAAUCCAUCCGGGGGAAAUGGGAAACUUUCAUGACGGCCGUCGUGGACAAUCCGCUCCCAGGGUGUACCAAGGCGCUGGUGAUUGCCGGAAGCGACAAGAGAGCAGCAAUCUUUGGCACAUACACCCUCUCCAGGCAAAUUGGAGUAUCGCCAUGGUAUUGGUGGGCAGAUGUCCCUGCACAGUUUCAUGAGGAGAUAUUCGCGCUGCCAAUGCACGCGAUAUCUGGCGAGCCCAGCGUCCAAUUCCGCGGGAUAUUCCUCAAUGACGAGGCACCAGCGCUGACAGGCUGGGUGCUGGAGAAGUUCGGCAGGUAUAACACAGACUUCUAUAGGAGAGUAUAUGAGCUGCUCUUGCGCUUGAAGGCAAACUUCAUGUGGCCGGCUAUGUGGCCGGGGUACCCAAACCCAGGCGCCGUCUUCUUCCUCGAUGACCCGGAGAAUCAACGCGUGGCGGACGAAUAUGGAAUCUGUGUUUCGACUUCCCAUCAUGAACCGAUGCAGCGCGCGUCGACGGAGUGGUUUGAAGGGCAUGCCGAUGGAACAUGGGACUGGCUCACACACCGCGAGGAGAUUGUCCAGUUCUUCCGCGAGGGUGUGCAGCGAGCACAGGGCCUUGAAUCGUAUUUCACCCUGGGAAUGCGCGGCGAAUAUGAUAAACAGAUGGCAACCGAUGAUCCUGGAGCGGUGGUUCGGGAGGUGCUUCGAGAGCAGCGGGCUCUCUUUAAAGAAGUGCACGGCCGUGAGGAUGCAGUGCCCCAAGUACUGGCGCUGUACAAGGAGGUACAGGAUCUGUAUGAGGCUGGUGAAUUCACAGUCCCAGAGGAUGUGACGCUGCUGUUUGCCGAUGACAACUUUGGGUCUUUGCGCCGGCUACCCUCUGGCUCGGAAAACGCAAGAUCGGGAGGCGCAGGACAGAUAUAUUACCACUUUGAGUACGUCGGCGCCCCUCGAAGCUACAAGUGGAUCAACUCCAACUCUUUGGGGAAAAUUUAUCAUCAGCUAUCCCAAGCAUAUGAGCGCAAUGCGCGGAAAAUCUGGGUCUUUAAUGUCGGCGAUAUCAAGCCUAUUGAGGUACCCUUGACCUACGCGCUGGAGAUGGCAUGGAACAUCCAUUCAGUUCAGGUAGACGGCAUGUCCCAGUUUUUGGGAGGCAUCGCGAACGACUAUUUUGAAGCGGGAGUGAGUCCGGACGUGGUUUCUAUCUGGCAGGAAUAUGAUCGCCUCGUCCGCCUCCGCAAACACGAACACAUCGAGCCGGACAGCUUUUCAUUACUGCACUACAACGAGGCCGACAGUAUCGUCGCUCGAUGGGAGGCACUGGAAAGCACGGCAGAGACCAUAUUCAAGGGAAUAUCCGAAGAACAGAGAGCGGCGUUUUGGCAACUCGUGGUUCAUCCGGUGAAGGCAAGCUCCAUCUUUAAUCGACUGAGAGUGGUGCAAGCGCGGAAUCAACUCCAUGCCCGUCAGCGACGUAACACAGCCAACCAACUUCUGCGACACGCCAUUGACCUGUUCGAUGCUGACUUCAAACUGUCUCAAGAGUUUCAUUCCCUUCUCGAUGGCAAAUGGAAUCAUAUGAUGUGCCAGUCCCAUAUGGGCUACGGGGACACCUGGCAUGCCCCUUCGCGCGAUGCAAUUUUCGGUCUAGCAUAUGUGCAGCGACAUCAGAACAGCAAUCUCAUUGUCGGGCAGAUGGGUGUUGCGGUGGAAGGCCACGAGGGAGUUCGAGCAGGGCGCAUCAAUGAAGAGAGCGAGCGAACACACCCCAGUCGACGAGAUCUCGUUCCAGGACUCACUCUGGGUCCAAUGAAUCGAUAUGGCCCAGUCAAGCGAUGGUUUGAUAUCUUCACCAGAGGAACGCACACUAUCCACUGGAGUACUUCGGCUCCUCAUCCAUGGAUUCAUCUCUCCGAAACAGAAGGGAUCCUGCACCCAGAUGGUGACGACGUGCGCGUUUGGAUCACAGUUGACUGGAGUCAAGUCCCAGUGCAAUUGGCCGAAGAGGUCUUGAUCAGCGUUGCCUCAAAGGAGGGAGACUUUGAACAGGUUCAUUUGCCGGUCCACGGCCACAAAGUCCCUGAAUCGUUCCGUGGCUUUGUCGAAUCCGACGGCUGUGUAUCCGUCCCCGCCUCCGCGCUGGACGUGAAGAGGCCCUAUCAACACCAUCCGGAGCUUGGCCGCACAAGUGCGGGAUCAAUCACCCUCGAGCGGUCUGUUCGCAAAGACGGAACUUCCCUGCCAUUCCUCGAAUACCCCGUUUAUGUCUUUUCCAAGUCCACUUCGCCAAGCUUCACAUUGAUAUUCAACAUGACCCUUGAUGUCGACCCAGCUCACCGCAUGUCCUAUGAGUUUGGAAUUGAUGAUGAACCCACAACGAUGCACUUUGUGCUGCCAAGUAACGAGACGAAGGCUAGUAAGCUACCGGCUGAGGGCUGGCUGAGCGCUGUGAUGGACUGCGUUUGGAAACGAGAACAUGCCAUUGCCAGCCUCGAGCCGGGCGCUCAUAUUAUCCGUGUUCGGUUGAGCCAUUCAAAUUUGCUACUGGAGCAACUUGUAUUAGAUCUUGGGGGAGCCAAGGAGAGUUAUCUUGGACCACCUCCAAGCCAUCGUGUCUCUUAG